AUGGCCGAUUCAUUCAAACCCCGAACGCUGAGGCGCAAGAAUGUCAAAGGCCUCGCCCUGAAUGCCGCCCCCAAACCCGAAACCCCCCAAGAUGGCGAUGCUCAGGCCCCCGGCGCUGCUGGGAACUCGGAAACCCGGACGGAUACCUUGGAGAUUGGUCUGGAAUUCCGGUUGGAUCUCCGGAGUGAGGAUCUGGUCGUGCUGAAGGAACUGGGCGCCGGUAAUGGUGGAACUGUGUCCAAGGUCAUGCACGCUUCUACCAAGGUCGUCAUGGCUCGAAAGAUUAUCCGCGUGGAUGCCAAGGAAAAAGUAAGGAAGCAGAUCUUGCGGGAGCUGCAAGUUGGACACGACUGCAACUCUCCCAACAUCGUCACCUUUUACGGAGCCUUCCAAAAUGAAGCGAGGGAUAUUGUGCUGUGUAUGGAGUACAUGGAUUGCGGUUCUCUCGAUAGUGUCGCCAAAGACUUUGGCCCAGUUCGCGUUGACGUGCUAGGAAAAAUCACCGAGUCGGUUCUGGCUGGUCUGGUGUACCUCUACGAAACCCACCGUAUUAUGCAUCGUGAUAUCAAACCGUCCAAUAUCCUUGUCAAUUCGCGAGGCAAUAUCAAGCUCUGCGACUUUGGUGUUGCAACGGAAACCGUCAAUUCCAUUGCAGACACAUUUGUUGGCACCUCGACCUACAUGGCACCGGAGCGUAUCCAAGGCGGUGCUUACACUGUGCGGUCGGAUGUUUGGAGUGUGGGAUUGUCGGUGAUGGAGCUGGCUGUUGGUCGAUUUCCCUUCGAUUCAACGGAUACGGCCGCAGGAAACCGUGCCAGUGCUGGGCCAAUGGGUAUUCUUGAUCUUCUGCAACAGAUUGUUCAUGAACCCGCGCCCAAGCUUCCUAAAAGCGAUGCUUUCCCUCCUAUUUUGCAUGAAUUCGUCGCCAAAUGUCUCAUGAAGAAGUCAGAUGAGCGACCAACGCCUCGGGAGCUUUAUGACCGAGAUGCGUUCCUACAAGCCGCCAAGCGAACCCCCGUCGACCUCGAAGAAUGGGCCGUCAGCAUGAUGGAUCGACACAACCGAAAGUCAUAUCUAGGACCUGCGCCGCCAAAGUCCCUCAAGGAUAAAGAGAAGGAGAAGGAGAAGAGGGAGAAGGCAAGGGAGAAUGAAAAGGAGAAGAAGGAAAGCUCCCGCCCUGCCCCGCCGCCUAAACCAGCUCCCAGCCAACCUUCUCGCCAACCGCAUCCCACUCCUCCUUCUGGCGAGAUUCCGCUGAGCAUCAACGACGCAUCUAGCCGAUACAACUAUGCUCCGUCCAGCUCUUCCUCCCACUCAUCUCGAUCAACCCGUUCCCCGCUCGACCAAGCGCCUCUGGUGACAAGAGAUGAUGACCCUCGUGCCAGUCGCCCAACAUAUAGCUCUCACGGUAGCCCAACAACGACAUUAGAUGUUCCCGCCAGGCCGCAGAUGGGGUUACGGUCUGCCAGUUCGAGUAACAUGCGAUCUCAGGCCGCGCUUCAUAACACCACUCUGCCCAUCCGCGCUGCUCCAGCACCCAAUGGAUCUUCCACAUCGUCACAAUCAUCAAAUGGAGGACCAUGGCGGCGAAUGCGCGACAUGAUGGGAGCUGCACACGGCACUUAA